AUGGUUUCCAGUGAAGAAGAAUCUUCCGAUACUAAAGUCGCGGACACUUUAGACUGGGACGUCAAUAUGGAAAUUCAAUUAUUUUAUGCAAUGGCUAAUCAUAAGCCUGUGGGUAUAAAUAAACAUUUUCAAAUGGCGUGUAUUUGGGAGAAACUUUCAAACUCUAUAACUAAGGAAAUAUCAACGCAAGAUAUUUGGAAGCAUUUAGAAACGCUUUACGACACGUCUAUGUUGGAUGAAACGGAGCCCAUACCCUUUCCGAAUCAGGAAGUACCUUUUAGCUUGUCUGACGGUGAAUUUGGCGCUUUGUUAAAGCAAAAAUGUAGAGAUGUUAUAUUGGGGGAUGAUAGUGAUGAUGGAAGAAGCCCCUCACCAAAGCCAGCCCCUAGAAGCAACUCUCGAGGAACUGCAUCAAGAGAUAGUACUGCGUCUAAAGGUCGUAAAGAUAGUAUUGGCGCUCUUGCUACUAAGACAAGGAAGGAGAGUGGAAGUUCACAUGCAUCAACAGACACACCUAGUAUAAAGUCAGAAAAAGAUUAUGAUAGAAGAAGAGAUUCACGCGAUUCAAAUGCAUCCGGACCGCGCGAUAGCUCCUUAAGUAGAAAAUCGUCUUCACAGAAAAAUAGAGUCAGCUCCAUUGCAGAUGAAGACAGCAAUACCCGCCGAGCUCGGCGGCGUCCAAACACUUCGACGCCGCCUUCUAGCACACCAGCCAAGCGCCGGCGCAUGUGA